AUGGAUCGUCGACAUCGAGUAUAUCGAGUGUUCAAUCAAGAGAUGUAUGUUGAACCAAAUUUUAAGGUUGUUAAAGAGUUGGGUCAAGGUGCAUACGGAAUUGUUUGUGCGGCUCGAAACGUAGCGAGUAAAGACCAAGAGGCAGUCGCCAUUAAGAAGAUUACCAAUGUCUUCUCUAAACCCAUUUUAACAAAACGUGCUCUUCGAGAAAUCAAGCUAUUGAUUCAUAUGCGCAAUCAUCGAAACAUUACUUGCAUUUACGAUCUGGACAUCAUCAACCCUUAUAACUUCAAUGAAGUAUAUAUUUACGAGGAAUUGAUGGAAGCCGAUUUAAAUGCUAUCAUUAAGUCCGGUCAACCUUUAACAGACGCUCAUUUUCAGUCUUUUAUCUAUCAAAUUCUGUGCGGUUUGAAAUACAUUCAUUCGGCUAAUGUAAUUCACCGCGAUUUAAAGCCGGGUAAUUUGUUAGUUAACGCAGAUUGUGAACUUAAGAUCUGCGAUUUUGGUUUAGCUCGUGGUUGUACCGAAAACGCCGACGAAAAUCUUGGUUUUAUGACUGAAUAUGUAGCUACUAGAUGGUACAGAGCUCCGGAGAUUAUGCUUUCUUUUAGCAGUUAUCACAAAGGCGUGGACGUAUGGAGUGUGGGAUGCAUUUUAGCUGAGCUUUUAGGUGGUACCCCUUUGUUUAAAGGAAAAGAUUAUGUCCAUCAGCUGAAUUUGAUUUUGCAUCAACUUGGAACACCUGAUAACGAAACGCUUUCACAUAUUAGCAGUUCCCGCGCUCGUGAUUAUGUGAAAAGCCUCCCCAAACAAAAACCAAUUCCUUUUCAAGUUAAUUUCCCUAGAGCAAACCCUCUAGCUCUCGAUUUACUUUCGAAAUUGUUGGAAUUUGAUCCCCAAAGGCGUAUUUCUGUUGAGGAGGCUUUGGAACAUCCCUAUUUGGCUGUUUGGCAUGAUCCAACUGAUGAACCCGUAUGCGAUUUUAAUUUUGAUUUUAGCUUUGAAUCUCUCGAAGACAUCAAAGAUCUGAAACGUGAAAUAUUAGACGAAGUUUUGAAGUUCCGCCAUAAGGUACGUCGUCGUACCCCCUUACAACCUCAUCCAAGUAUUUCAGUUCCCCAAUCCACUCAAAAUAUUGUUUAUGGAAACCCUUUUACCAACCAUAUGAACGGCACUUAUCAACAACCCCAUGUUGGCAAAAAUGGUAGCCCAGCCCAUUUAAAUGAGAUGAUGGCUGCUCAACAUCAAGCCAGUUAUCGUGGAGUUCCUCCAAGGAAAUAA